GUGACGUCGUUUCAGAAUGGCAUCAUUAUUUUCAUUUCUUGUUAAAAGUCCUCUCUCCUGAAACUCCCGUCUUCUUCCUCACAGACAGUCCUUUCUGAUCUCUGUCUCAGAGAAGAACCUCAGAGAUUAUAAUUGGAGCAUUAAGAAUGGUUCUUCAUUGUACGUCUGCCCAUUUUGAGAGAAAACAGACGUAUGAACUAGAGUUGUUUCUAAUAUUUUCAGAAAUUUACGACAUGAUGCUUUCGUUACGUUGGUUUGCUAGGUGCUUUGAGCUAACCUUGGACGGGGUUAACUGACUACCAUGCAUAUCUAUUGCUGUCCCUUGGGUUCACGUAGGGCUGGAUUUUGGAAUUGUUGCAGAGAAAGAAAGUUGUUUUUUAAUGCACUUGCUUAACCCGGAGCAACCCAAUUGGUUCUUAUGAUUUAGAUGCUUGAUCUACUCCACUGUUUUGGUUACCGAUAAUUAAGAAUUCAGUUACUGGGAUAUUCAGAUCAAUUCAUUGUUAGACUGCUACGUUCUUCAUACCAUGCCAGUUGUUCAGAAGCUAUAUGACGCCUGCAAGGUGUCAUUCUCUAAUGAUGGUCCGGUAUCGGAAGAAGCUCUUCGAAAAGUUCGUUCUAGUUUAGAUGAAUUGAAGCCUUCUAAUGUGGGUCUCGAGCAGGAGGCACAAUUAGCACGUCAAUGGAAAGCUUCUGUGAAAGGUAGCAAUGGGAAAAAAGGGCGUAAUGGGCCUAAUGGCUGUCAUCAGUGGCCACCACCAAUUAAAUAUCUGCACUUGCAUGAAUGUGCCAAAUUGUCUAUUGGAAUUUUCUGCAUGCUACCUGGCUCUAUCAUACCGCUUCAUAAUCAUCCUGGAAUGACUGUGUUGAGCAAGCUUCUUUAUGGCUCGUUACACGUGAGGUCAUAUGAUUGGCUUGAUAUUCCCGGUUCAGGUUCUGCAGAUCUAUCUCAAGCCAGACCUGCUAAACUUGUUAGAGAUUGUGAGAUGAGUGCACCUUGUGAUACAACAAUCCUACAUCCAAGCAGCGGUGGCAAUAUUCACUGUUUUAAAGCCUUGACUCCCUGCGCUAUCUUCGAUAUCCUUUCACCCCCAUACUCCUCGGAAGAUGGCCGGCACUGCUCUUAUUUCAGGAAAUCCCCUAGGAGAGAUCUACCAGAUAUUGAUGAACUAUGUGGUAUAGAACCUUCUGAAGUGGCUUGGCUGGAAGAGAUUCAACCUCCUGAAAACUUGGUGGUCCAGAGGGGGCUGUACAGGGGUCCCGUUAUUAGAAGUUGAAGCGGUUUUUGGAUGAUUGCAAGUACCAAAACUACUAGUUAUGUCGGCCAAACAAAUGAGUCAGUGAGGAGAUUGCUGGAGCGUUUGCCAUCGACGGCCGUGGCAAUAAUUGCUGGGAUGUUGGCAAUAACUGCUGUCAUUCCCAUUGGGAGGCAUUUGAUUGUACAUAUCUCUUAAGUUGGCUUGGCGACUAAAAGUCUUUUACAAUGCUGUGAUUGUUUCUUUAUUGUAACAAGUGGCGUUCAGAUACUCGACUUGCAGUUGGAUUUUGACCAUCUUUCGAAGUUUUCUGUUCUGUGAAUACCGUUGUAUUUUCAGAAGCUGUUUGUGUCAGCAUGCAUCUUUCGAGUGAUUGAUGCCAUUUCUACAACUCUUUUCUGGUGUGCCGUCUGUAAAUAUAUACAAUUAAUGAAAGGAAGAAAACCAGCAAGCAUGCAUCUUAAAUAGA